AUGCCAGCCUUCGCUCAAGACGCCGAGACAGCCAGAUUCUUCCGCUUGGCCCUUGAUCUUGUCGAAGAGGAUGUCAGUCUCGCGCAAGAAGUCAUCAGAGACUUGGCUACAGAGCGCCGGUUGUCUCUGAUCAAAGACGUUCUCGAGGGACUUUCGUUGACAGUAACACCGUCACUGGCGGCCCACCUUUGGGAGUCGCGCAUCUCUUCGUUCUUUCAGAUUAUUCUCCAUCCUGUCAUUGUGGAUUCCGUCGUUCUGGAACUGGAACUGGCCACGAUUUAUCGAUCUCUUCUGGGCGUCGACACAGCUCGCCUCAAGCGACUCUACAACUUUGUAUUUCACAUCGUUGAUCAUUGGACGGAGCUUCCUUUCCAAUCCGCGGAUGCUUCUGCCAUCGAAGCCUUGUCGCUCGGAUGUGGAGUUCUGGCAAAGGUCAUUGACACGAGUUCCGCCAAUAUUGUCAACGCACACUUCGUGUCCAUUGUCGAGAAAAUCCAGCUCCGUCUCGACGUCUUUGGCGACCAAGAAGCGGCCUUCUAUUCCGUGCAAGCCUCGAAAUACCUCGAAUAUGUCCGUCGCCGACUGGGCAUCGGCCAUUCUCUCCCCGACGCCUCAAUCUCCACUCAAUCGGCCCCCGUUGCUGAGUUUGUGCUCAGCCAGGACCUCCCUGGCACUCUGUCCCGGAGAGGAAGACGUCACGACAACGAUCAUGCUCAAAUUGCUGACAUCAAGCUCAUGCCCACUCUCAACGAAAUCAUGUCUUUUCGCGACGAGUACUUGCCGACAAUCAACCCAUCGCAGCAUCAUUUGAAGGGGCUACCCGGCCUACUGGAUCGUCACUUUCGACUUCUUCGCGAAGAUACCUUGCACGAUCUGCGCAACGCCAUUCGAACGCGAGUCGAGUCGACCGACAGAGUCCGCGAAGUCAGAACCAAGAUAGUGGUAUACGACUAUGCCACUGCUGUGGAGGUCACCUUCGAUAAACGCUCUGGUCUCGAGUUCAUCGUCAAGAUUGACCAGCCGAAGGCAGCAAGGGCUUUGGACAAGCUAGAACGUGCGGCGUGGUGGGUUCAGACAAAGAGGCUCACCGAUGGAACACUUGUCUGCAUUGUGGACGACAUGGGCGACAUCUUCUUCUUCCAAGUAUCUAGGUCCACUGUUCGGACGCUCGACGAUUCGAACCAGCGUGAUCAGACAUCAGGAGAGCGAGACGGCCCUCGAUACAGCUUGUCCGAUGACAAACGCCAUGCUUUCGUAUACCUCAAGCUUGUCGAUGCGAGUAUUGCCGAGGUCAGAAGGUCACUUCUCUGGUUCAAGAAUAUGGGAUCGAGACAGCAUCGGCAGCUUUUCGAGUUUCCGUCCAUCCUUCUUCCUGCAUUCGCUCCUCCACUCAAAGCCUUGCAGUCCAUGUCCGAGAAGCUUGAUUUGCCGUUUCGACAUCUCCUUACUCUUCACGGCACGGAUCGGCCGCCAGUGAUCGACCCUCCGCUUUAUUCUAAGCGUCCGGGGUUCUCGUUCGACCUCAGCAGUUUAUCCAAUGACGGAUCGAACCUGUCGUACACGCCCGGCAAUCCCAUCGACCCAGCCGGGCUAAGCAGGCAUACCACAUUGGACUUGACUCAGUCCGAGGCCAUUCUCAACUCCCUCAGUCGAUCAUUUGCCCUCAUUCAAGGUCCACCAGGCACAGGCAAGAGCUACACUGGAGAGGCUCUCAUCAAAGUGCUUCUCGCCAACAAGUCAAAAGCCAAGCUUGGUCCAGUCAUGUGCGUGUGCUAUACCAACCACGCCUUGGAUCAACUUCUGGAGCAUCUCAUCGAUGCGGAUGUCCAGAACAUUGUGCGCAUUGGUUCUCGAUCCAAAUCGGAGAGACUUGAGCCCGUGAAUCUCAGAAAGGUCGCCGAGGGAAUGACCCGCACGAAGACCGAGGGAAAGGCCAUGUACGACUCAAUUGAGGCUCUUGAGUCUGAAAGCUCUUACGUCGGCCAGAGGCUUUCCACCUACAAGUAUCUCAACACGAACGAGAAGAUCCGAGCUCUUCUUUCCGCGCAGUACAAAUCUCUGCAUGAUGAGCUGUUUGGUUCCGAACAACAAGACGAUGGCUGGGAGACCGUCCGGCAUGGACGAAGAAGGGCCAUGGAGACUUGGUUGCGAGGUGGUACGACCAACAACACACCCAGUCGCCCUCUUGAUCAACUCUAUUACACGAGAUUAUCCGACAUGACUCACAAAGAGCGAACCAUUCUGCACCAAGACUGGUUACGUCAGGCCCUAGCACCAGAAUUGGAGAGACUGUCUGCGGCUCACGAAACGUACGAGAAGACACGUGAACGCAACAAUCGUAUCAGGAGCUCUAUCGAUCUUCGGUGUCUACAGCAGGCGAACAUCAUCGGCGUGACAACCACUGGUCUGGCGACCAAUCUUGACCUUCUCCGACGUGUCAACGGCAAGGUUCUUCUGUGUGAAGAAGCGGGCGAGGUCCUCGAAGCGCACCUAUUGACGGCCCUUCUUCCGACCAUAGAGCAUGCCAUCUUGAUUGGGGACCAUCUACAGCUCCGCCCACAGAUUCAAGACUGGAGACUUCAGCGCGCGAAUCCAGCAGGAGUCAAGUACUCGCUCGAUGUAUCUCUUUUCGAACGACUUGUUCAUCCGACCAUUCCCAACACGCCAACUCUUCCUUUCAGUAUUCUGGACACACAACGGCGCAUGCACCCCUCUAUCUCAGAGCUCAUACGCUCCGCGUUGUACCCUUCCUUGGCAGAUUCCGAUACUGUGCAGGACUAUCCGGCUGUCUGUGGCAUUACCAAGCGUCUCUUCUGGCUUCAUCAUGAAAGCCCCGAGUCGGGACGGAAAUCUGACCAGGAUUCCAUCGAAACAUCCUACUCAAAUGACUUCGAGGUCGACAUGGUUGCGGCAUUGGUUUCGCAUCUUUUGAGACAGGGCGUCUACAAGGCGGGAGAAAUCGCUGUCUUGACCCCGUACUUGGGACAGCUGAAUAAGCUACGAUCGAAGCUCGGGUCUACCAUGCAGAUUGUUAUCAACGAUCGGGACAUGGAUGAUCUAGCUGACCUAGAGUCAGCUGACACUCCUUCCCAAGGCAACCCAAAGAAAGAAGCGGCAAAAUCUUCCGCCUUGCAGGGUGUUCGCGCUGCGACGGUGGACAACUUCCAGGGUGAAGAAGCCAACGUAGUUAUCGUGUCCCUUGUUCGGAGCAACAACGAGAAACGAUGCGGCUUCCUCAGCACUUCCAACCGCAUCAACGUUUUGCUAUCUCGUGCGCGGCAUGGAAUGUACAUCAUCGGCAACUCGCACACGUCCAGCCAUGUUCCGAUGUGGGCACAGGCCAUCGACAUCUUGCAAAGGGACAACAACUUCGGCACAGAACUUGAGCUUCAGUGCCCACGACAUUCAGACAAUAGGAUGCAGCAAGAAGUGCCACGAGCCCUGUCCUCCUUGUGCGGAAGAAACGUGUUCUUCGUGCUGUCCGCAUUCCAAAUGCAGUAUGCCGUGUGCAGCGCCCUGCGACUGGGUUCCUUGCACGAAGCGAUGCACCAAGCUCUUGGGAUGCAGCCAUCAGUGUCCGUCGAUGAGAUCAAGAGUACAGUCGUCGAUCUCAUCAUGAUGAGCGACUACGGCUCAAUCGACCUCAACGAGGAGCCCUGCAUCUUCCCAGACUGCGGCCACUUUCUGACCUACUCGACAAUGGACGGACAGAUGAGAUUGCAGGAUUUCUACGAGAUCUCCCCAGAAGGAUUUCCUACUGCCGUCAGGGGUGACUCGCGACCCUUUGACCUGUCAGAGAAAAUCAGUGUCUGUCCUAACUGCCGAGGCCCUCUAAGAAACAUCUCUCGAUACGGAAGGAUAGUUCGUCGCGGCCUUCUCGACGAGUCGACCAAAAAGUUCAUCAGCUGGUCGAACACCGAGUGGCAGAAACUCUCCGAGAUCUUCUUCAACGGUCAGAAAGCGCUACAGGAGCUGGACAAAGAAACAUUCGUGUUCCCGGUCCAGCCACCCGGGACCUAUGAUCUACAAGGUGCGCGUCACGAACAGCUAAAUCACCUUUUCAAGGUCACGGGAGCUAGUCGGCACAAGAACAUGGCGAAGGUCUUGAGGCAGAUCGAGAACUUCCUUGGGAAGGUCAAGCGGGAAGAGCAGCCGUAUCAACGCGUGGCCCAUCUUGUCUGGCAUGUUAACAAGCGACGGCACAAGGAAGCCGGUGGAUUCUCUUUCGACGAGUCUGCUAUCCAGAUGGGCAGUUACCUUCAGGCCAUGGCGCUCCUUCUUCGUUGCGAACUUCUCGUCAUCUCUGACUACCUCAGCCUCUGCCGCAGCCCGACGGACGGAGUUGUCAAGUCUGCCAAGGUUGAUGUGAGGACAUAUCUCAAUGACUGCGAGAAACUCAUCCAGACCGCGCGAACAAGAAACUACGUCCGCCAAGAAGUCGAGGGACAUAUUUUCAUCGGCAUGUUCUGUUCCUUCGUGACGCCUUCCAGCGAGCCGAAGCCCAUUGAGACCGAGAAGCCCGCUACAGAUACUGCGGAAGACAAGCCGACAACUCCGAAUAAGCAGACGCAACACGAGGAGAUGAAAAAGCUCGGAUUGGAGCACCUGGAGAUCGCGAAGGAACUCAUGGGAAAGCACGAGUCGACAGCCGUGCUCAAGGGCGAAUGCGACACCGCCUGGCGGAUGCUCCACGAUGGGGUUUUCUACAGCGAGGUCUCCCAGGACGAGAUGCGAGCCGUCUACCAAGCCAUGUCUCGCGAAUUCUUGGGUACUGGGCACUGGUACACUUGUCGCAACGGCCAUCCUUUCACCAUCGGAGAAUGCGGCAUGGCGAUGCAAGCAGCUCGGUGUCCCGAAUGCGGGGCUCCUGUCGGUGGACAAAAUCAUCAAUCUGCAGAAGGUGUUCGACAUGCGCGUGAAAUUGAACAGCUCGGGACCGGGAUUGCAGGUAUGCGUCUUUAG